AGACAUUCGACGACAGCAUCCCCACCGACCCAUCCUAUACGCCAUUGCGAGGUAGAUUCCUCUGGCGGACGGAUCAAUUGCUUCUGCCCGCAAUGUUGCAACCAAGGUUACUCUUGCGGCAGUCCUCGAGGGCGACAUGCAGAUAUCUCUCUGUCCGGCAGUCUCUACCCCGUACCUAUGCAACAGUCGUCGAGAAUGUGGAAGUCGCAGCUCCUCCUCCUCCUGUAGAGACAGCUGGCUUUGCGCCACCUGUCACCACCGACGAUAGCAAUGCCGCCUUCAUGAUGCGGACGUAUAAGCCUCGAACCCCCGGUGUACGGCAUCUCAAAAGACCAAUCAACGACCACCUGUGGAAAGGGCGGCCCUUUCUUCCACUGACAUUCUCAAAGAAGGGCCAUGGGAAAGGAGGAAGAAACAAUAGCGGUCGAGUCACCGUCAGACAUCGAGGUGGUGGUCACAAGAGGAGAAUAAGAAUUGUUGAUUUCGACCGGAUGACCCCCGGAAAACACACCGUCGAGAGAAUUGAGCACGAUCCUGGACGAAGCGCGCAUAUCGCCUUGCUCAAUGAAGAGGCUACAGGCCGAAAGAGCUACAUCAUAGCUGCUGAAGGCAUGAGGGCUGGGGAUACAGUGCAGAGCUACCGAGCUGGUAUUCCAAAGGAUCUAUUGGAGAGUAUGGGGGGUGUAGUAGAUCCUGGUGUGUUGGCUGCGAAGACUGCUUGGCGAGGCAACUGCUUGCCACUUCAUAUGAUUCCUGUUGGGACUCAGAUUUACAAUAUUGGCUCUACGAAGGGCAAGGGGGCUGUCUUCUGUAGAAGCGCUGGGACGUACGGCAUCGUCGUCUCGAAGGAUGAUGAUGGGAAAGGCGGCCAAAAAUACGUCACUGUACGCCUUCAAAGCGGAGAAGUUCGACAUGUCAGCAAAGACGCGUGUGCUACUGUUGGAGUUGCCAGCAAUCCCCAUUACCAGCAUCGGCAACUUGGUAAGGCUGGUCGGUCGAGAUGGCUGAAUAUUCGACCUACAGUCAGAGGUGUUGCCAUGAACGCCGCUGAUCAUCCCCACGGUGGUGGACGAGGAAAAUCCAAGGGUAAUGUCAAUCCAGUCAGUCCUUGGGGUAUGCCUGCCAAAGGUGGAUACAAGACCCGCCACGUCAGAAAACCAAACAAGUGGGUUGUGACACCGCGCGAGAGGAACCACGGAAAGCGGAGAGUGGCGUAGAGAGAGAACGUUGGCGGUUCAUUAAUCCGGAUAUGGGAUCUGCAGAGGAUCUAUCUCCCGGAGGUUGAUAGGGUGCAUUCAGUACAUUUUAGGGUCUCUCCCGUGUAUAAAUUAGAGAUAGCUAGACCAUGUGCCAAAAAGACUUGGUCCUUGUAGGAUUUCUGUAAGAAGCUUCACACAUUUCCAUAUACC